AUGUCACUGCCAGGUGCUGCCCCCGACCUUACUAAGCUCGAUUUGCCUCGCGUACCCCCUCGAUAUAAAUUCACAACCGAGUUUCUGUUCAACUUUACCAUGCGGUUGCAUCCCGAGCAGCCCCCGAUGGUCCUCGGCGAAGCGGGGAAGGGAUUCAUGAUGGUGAUCUCAGAGCAAGGAACGCAAAUUUCUGGGCCCAAGAUCAACGGCUGCGUGGCAGCGUACGGCCAAGAUUAUGUAACAAUCCGGCAAGAUGGUGUCGGCGAGCAUAUAGUACGGCCCGUAAUGCUUACCGAUGACGGAUGUAGUGAUUGGGGAGGCGAUGGGUAUGCCAAAGCAGCAGCUGGUGAGAUGCCUUCUGGUUCGCGGAUUCGAUAUGCACCGUAUAUACAGACAUCCCACAAGGAUUAUCUCUGGGUCAAUAGACUGCAAUGUAUCGAGGUCGGGGAGAUUUAUCCGGAAGAAAGCUACGCUUGCUUCGAUGUGUAUUCGUUGAUCUAG